AUGAAGGACGUUGCAGGGCAGGUGUCAUGCGUGGUGAUUUUAUUCAACUGGUCUGCCCCAAAGCUUGACGGGAAGGAGAUGGAUCCUCCUAAAGUACAUGUAAGGUUUCCAAAACGGCUGUCAACACCUAACGUCCCCGCAGGGAGAGGGUAA